CCGGUGGGCUGAAUGUUAAUUACAAGCUGUUAGUUUAAAACCAGGACAGGUGAGGUUUUAGAAAGAUUAUAUGGCAUAGUUUACUGCAUAUUUCUCUGCAAGAAUGAAUUUCGUCCUGAGCCUUUGUUAGUGGGGCUUUUAAAAGUACAGAAAACGAAGCCACAAUUUGGCUAGCAUGUGAGAUCUAAUAGAAGUUCAGGGGGAAGGAGUGCAGGUCCUAGAAAGUGGGACUGCAGGCUCUAAUUGGUUUUAAUAUCUCAGAGACUCUAAGACUUUCUUCACAACCGAUACAAGUUGAUCCUGUAAGCACAAAUAGAGGGUUACAGAAGUGGGUGAUAUUCAAAGAAAAACCCACGGUGUAUUGAUCUCUUUAGUGGCUAGAGGGAAACUGACAAGUGGAGGACCCACAUUUUCUACUAUUCUGUCUUUGGUGCUGAUGACUGACUAGAACUUUGAAGCCCUGUCGGCUGAGAUGGAAGGAAAUAAGUAUAAGACUGACUCAAUGCUGGAAUGGACUGUCGUCUCAACUAGUGAAAUAGAUGCUGGGAGUCCAGGAAAAAAGGAUAAAGAAGCAAACAGUAAAAAAUUGCACAAAGGACAUCAGAGCCCUCUUCUGCUUUCUUUUUCAAGUCUAAGUUCUCCACAAGUGCCCCCAACCCCAUUCCACACCCCAGGGAAGAUCAGUGAGCUUCACACCUCAUUGGCUAUUGUGUUUUCCAAGGGGACGCCCCAGCCGGACUCCAGUGGAUAUACCAACGAGGGGACGCCCCAGCCGGACUCCAGUGGAUAUACCAACGAGGGGACGCCCCAGCCGGACUCCAGUGAAGAUAACCCCGAGGGGACUCCCCAGCCGGACUCCAGUGAAGAUAACCCCGAGGGGACGCCCCAGCCGGACUCCAGUGAAGAUAACCCCAAGGGGACGCCCCAGCCGGACCCUAGUGAAGAUAUCCCCGAGGGGACGUCCCUGAAACUCUCCAGUGAAGAUAUCCGGGAGGUGACACCCAAGCGACUCUUCAGUCAAAAUACUCCCGAGGGGACGCCCCAGGGGCACUCCAAUGAAGGUACCCCCGAGGGGACGCCCCAGCGGAACUCCAGUGAAAAUACACCCCCUAAAAGCGGGUUUAGAGAUAGUCUUCCGGGGACGCCAAAUAUCUCCCUAGAACACAGUCCUGUGACCAGAAGUUUACUUAAAAUCUCUAGGACCCAAAGAGAAGCCUCGAACAACUUGCAACUUUUUGAUACUCCACGCACCCCCAAGGUACCUACAAAAAGUUCUAAGCUCUCUCGAUUUGCAACUGCCAAAAGCUUAUCCCAGUCUUCAGCAAAACAGUUCAAUGUGAAUCCCUUCACUCCAGAAUCCUACAGGAGGAUGGUCUCUCAAUCCAGUGGCAAAAGGAAAACAAGAGAAGAUCCUGAGGAAUCUGGCCCCUCUGGAGACAAGGAAGAUGAAGGGCUGCCUGCCAAGAGACAUGUCACAGGAGAGAGGACAAGUUCCCGCUAUGAAAAAGAAUUCCUGGAGUUAGAAAAAAUUGGGGUAGGAGCAUUUGGCUCAGUCUACAAGUGCAUCAAGAGGUUGGAUGGAUAUAUUUAUGCUAUUAAAUGCUCAACAAGACGUUUGGGAGGAUCUGUAAAUGAAAACUCAGCUUUGCGAGAAGUUUAUGCACAUGCAGUGCUUGGACAGCAUCCCCAUGUCGUUCGUUACUAUUCUGCAUGGGCAGAGGAUGACCAUAUGAUCAUUCAGAAUGAGUACUGCAAUGGUGGGAGCUUGCAAGCUGCUGUGUCUGAAAAUGAGAGACUUGGUCGUUUCUUCGAAGAGCCAGAACUCAAGAAUAUGCUCCUGCAAAUCUCCUUGGGACUGAAGUAUAUCCAUCAAUCAGGCCUAGUGCACCUGGACAUCAAGCCCAGUAACAUCUUCAUCUGUAGAAAAGACGAGGAUGAUGUCCAAUGUGUCCUAGAAGAAGGGGAUAAUGAAGAUGACUGGUUCUUUUCUGCUAAUGUGAUAUAUAAAAUUGGUGAUCUGGGCCUUGUGACUUCAAUCCAGAACCCCCAAGUAGAGGAAGGAGAUAGUCGCUUCUUGGCCAAUGAGAUUUUACAAGAGGAUUAUAGAUACCUUCCCAAAGGAGAUGUGUUUGCCCUUGGAUUGACAAUGGCUGUGGCAGCAGGGGCAAAGUCAUUACCCACCAAUGAUGAGCUUUGGCAUCAUAUCCGUCAGGGUAACCUUCCAGAUCUCCCGCAGGAACUCUCUGAAGACUUUUACAACUUACUUAAGUGUAUGAUUCAUCCUAAACCAGAAGAGAGACCUACAGCAGCGUCUUUGACUAGGAACACAAUCCUCAGACCUUCUUUGAGUAUAACUGCAAAGCUUCAGAAGGAACUGGAUAGAGAAAAGUUUAAGACAGCUGAGUUAGAGAGGGAACUAAAAGAAGUUCAACAUGCCCAGAGCCAUCUAGAAGAUACCAGCCAAAACUCUCCUGGAUCCCUGGGGCACAUUGCAGAACCUGGGUCAAGUAGCUCCAGUAGAUUAGUGGGAAGGAAAACCAGAAGGUCACAGAGUUUCACUUUUGGGAAAUCUGAUUUCUCUUCCAUAUAACCCCUGGAAAACUCCAUUUUAUGACAGCUAGUCCAAUUUUCAGGGUAUGGUUUUAGAAACAUUUGGUGGCUUUUUCAACCUUGAUCUUGACACCAAUUACAGCUGCUAUAAAAUGGAAAAUUGACCAAUAGGAACGACUACAACUUCCCACAACAAUUUUUUUUCUGGGCUUUGUAUCCUGGGUCCUGGCUUUCCCCUAAAAGUAUAUAUUGACUUUUCAAUUGGAUAUAGUCUUGAAAAAAUAAUACUAAUUGGUAGGCAUUUCUCUCUGCCUACCUGUAUACCCCUAAACUCCACCAUUCACAUUUGAGCAUAGAUACAAAAUUUUCUGGAUUCUAAGGGAUUGAUGAAAUGGUAAGAUCUUCAAGUGACUUUUCCAGACUGUGAGAUAGUUGUAUCACUUCCAAAAGGAUCCUCAGAAGAUAUUUUUCUUGGAGGGAAAUGUGAUCUUUGCCUCAACUUUGGAAAUAAGUCUAAUAGGCUUUAGUAAUGCUAUUUCCAACAGAGAAUUCCUAGAUUUGGAACUAGUGAUUCUUCUAAUAUAUUUUCUGGAGGAAGAGAAUAUUCUUUGUUCUUCCUAUAAUGACAUGCAUAGCCUGGCCAUUAAUUUCAAUGGGAAGUUGUUUUCGCAAAUAGGAAUACUUAUAAGGUUGCCAACAAGCUAUGAUGAAACAUUGAAAGAAGAAUCUGAUUUUGUUGUCUUCUUACUCUUUUCCUUCUGUUGAAUGUCUGACUUUAAUUCCUAUCCCCCUAGGAAUCACUAGUUUCUUUUGGUUUUAAAAUUUUAAUUUGGCUUUGUUCCUAGUGAUUUUUAAAGACAUUAAUUUUAUUAAAGUCCUUCCCCUUUC